AUGUUUAAGUUAACAAUUCUCUGUGUAGCUUUGCUAGCUAUACGAGACGCAUCUUCUCAGACCCUAGGAAAAUGUGGAGGAUAUUGUCCCACGCAAUUUACUUAUGUCAACAACCCAUUCUUUAAAGUUCUAGGAACUUUGAAUGGAAUUGACAAGUGUGGAACUCGCUAUCAAAAGGCUUACUUCUAUCCAAGAUACAUAUCAGCAACAUGGAUUGAAGCUAAGGCAAUCUGUCAGACAUAUGGCAUGGAAUUGGCAUCAUUUAAGACACUUGCAGAAGCUAAUGCUGUCAUCACCUUGGUUGAAAUGAAUGCUGAUUUAAAAAAUAGAGACAAUCUUUGGAUAUUUAUCAAUGGAGUUGCUUUAGCUGCUCAAUCAAAAACUGAAUGGUACUGGACUGAUUCAGGACAAAAAAUAGACUUUGUUAUUCCAUGGCUUAUAAAUCAACCAGACACAAACGGUGGAACUGAAUGGUUCUUGAGCAUUGGAAAGCAUAAUAAGGAACAACGAACUGCGUUCAAUGACAUUCCUGGAAAUAACUUUGUUGGUAUUUUCCUGUGUCAAAGAUGUGCUUAA